AAAACCCAUCAAAUGCGACAGCAACACUGAACAGUGGAAGCUUUCGUCCCCCUAAACCCUCAAGCUCCAAAACCCUGAAGAAAUGCUCCGAUCAAUUCUCCGAACGGCGGCUUCCGCCGCGAAAUCCCACCCCACCACCUCCGACAUCCUCAUCCCCGAGGCAAUCUCAGCACCUUCCAAACUCUCUUCUUCUAGAACAUUUGCGAAAGGCCCACACCCAAACAAACCCAAUUUCAGACCCGACAUGAAACCCGACAAUGCCGCUGCAGGAGCCAAAGGCGCGGAAUCGCUCAAUAAGGAUCUUCGUGCACGCGCUCUCAAAGAAGACGAGAAGGAUGAAUCCCUUAAUAUCGGUCAAAAUGGUCGUCCAUUAUUCACUUCCGCAGCUUCUAUUUCACAACUCACCAAAAAAGACACGUGUACUUACAUGAAAUUCAGGAGGGAGGAGCUGGAAAGUGUUUUGCCGGAAGGAUUACCAAUUGGGAUGUUGAAGGAAUUUGGUGACUCAAUGAGAGAUGCAUUGCUAAUACGGCAGAGUUUUCUGGAUCUUCGAGAUAAUUUUAGAAGUAUUGUUGAUCCUACAAUGCAGUAUAAUGCUAAAGGUCACAAAGCUCGAAAGCAAGUUGUACUAGAUGGGCCUGUAAGUUGUGGAAAGAGUAUUGCCCUUGCAAUGCUUGUUCAUUGGGCGCGUGAUGAAGGUUGGCUAGUUCUUUACGUUCCAAAAGGCCGAGAAUGGACUCAUGGAGGCUUUUUCUAUAAAAAUCCUAAAACAGGAUUAUGGGAUACUCCUGUGCAAGCAGCAAAUAUUCUCCAGGAUUUUUUGAAGUAUAAUAAGGAUCACCUCCAAAAGUUGCCCUGCAAGAUUUUUGAACCUAUUCCAUUGGGAGAGGGAGCUGGUGUUGGAUGGAUGAAGGGUGCUGAUGUGGUACAAAUUCCAGAAGAUUAUACUCUGCUUGACCUGGUUCAGGUCGGACUUGGUUCCACGCACGCUGCUGUUGGGGUGGUAGUUCGUGUAAGGGAAGAAUUAUCACUUGUGAAGGACGUGCCUGUUCUUAUUGCAGUUGAUCAAUACAACAGUUGGUUCACGUUCAGCGAGUAUGAGGAGCCAGUAACUGUUCGGUCUUGCCGACCUAUUCAUGCUAAGGAACUUGCAACUGUGAAUGCAUUUAGGUCUAUGAUUCAUGACAAUAUGAUGGUGGGUGCUUUCUCGCAUUCAACUGCUGUAGGGAAGCUGCGUAAAGACUUACCAGAUGUUCCUGCAGAUGCUCGCAUCAACUUCCCACGAUAUAGUGUGGAUGAAGCUGCAGCCGUUUGUCAUUACUACCUUAGACAAAGACUCAUCCAACGUGAGGCAUUUACAGAAGAAAGCUGGAAGAAAAUAUAUUAUCUGUCACAUGGAAAUGGUGCAGAAAUGAGAUGGCUGGUUCCUUUCAUGCGAUGAGCAGCACAAACUCCAACUUCGAGAGAUAACAUUGAGAUUUUAACAGGGAAAUUAUUGAAUCCGUUAUGCUCUGUGAUUCUGGUCAUUCUCAGCAAAUAAUCUGGCUGCUCUGUUGACCAACUCUCUGGGGAAAACAGUCAGGUUUACUUCUGGAAAUUUUGCUCUGUACUCUAGGCUAGUUAUAUAGCCUCUGUGUUUGUAUGCUUUCAUAUCCAGAACAUUGUCACAGAUUCAUAUAUACAUCUUCACACUAGCUAUUCUUCUUUCGUUCUUUUACGACUUGUUUUCCUGAUCUGGUGUUUGUACUCAAUAAUGUUGUAACUGCACCACAUAUUUUACCUUCUGAAGUUCAGGUGUUAUCCUUUAAACUUGCAUUAUAGCAAAGUGGACCGCAAAGGUGACAUUUCUUCA